UAGUUCUUGUCUUCUCUCUGCACUCUGGAACCGCGUCUAGCCUAACACUCAAUUGAUGACUGGGCGCCGAAGCAGUGCAGCAUGUGGCUCCUCCAUAAACGUACCAUGGAAAGAAGAGGACCCUAGACUGAGAGCUGACGGAGGUGCGUCUUCCGCAGCGGGGACUCUGUCCUAGUAAACCUUAUACUACCAUCGCGAGCUGCACCUUUCUCGUGUUCCGCCAUGAACAGGAACGUGAAACCGCCUUCGGGGGGCCGCCGCUUGAAAUCGGACCCCCUCCUGGCCGCCCUCCAACUUCCCGCAAAUGAGUCCCGGCAGGAGCGCCGGGGCAGGCUGCGCGCCGAGCAGGAGUCAAAAAAGCACAGCAAAACUAUAAACAAAAUGCUCCGCGACACCGAACGCCAAAACCGCAGGCAAAAAUUGGUCAAAGUCCUCCUGCUCGGCCAAAGCGAGAGCGGGAAGAGCGCUAUCAUGAAACAGUUUCAACUGCUGCACCACCCCCAAACUUUUGACGCAGAGCGCAUCUCCUGGCGAUUUGUCAUCUAUCUGAACCUGCUCCGUUCCGUGCGAAGGUAA